ACCAUGUUCGUAUGUGAUACUUUUAUUAAAUAAGUAUUGUACGUGUGGUAUAUGUUUAUUUUAUAACAAAACAAAGACGAUAAAUGUGGUUUAUAGUUUAUUUAACACUUUAUUGAUUAACUUUCUUUUAUGUAGGUUUUUGUUUUUGUGUAAGAAUACGCUAAUUCCGCAACUCGGGAGAGUGUUCCAUUUAUCCAAAAAAAAAUCGAAUUAAAAAUGCAAGGAGUCAUGUCGCUGAUAAAGAUGCUAUGUAUAUUAAGAUUAGAUCCCCUCCAAUCUAUACUCGUUAUCAAUCUGCAUUUCCUAAAGAAAGUGAAGUGACAUGUAAGCGAGUGAAGUGAACUGAUGAGAGGGAGGUUGACUACUUAGGAGGUUCUGAAUAUCGGAUCUUCGCUCGUUCCAUGUCUUGGGCUUCUAUACUUAGUUUUAACUCAAUGUGUUUUUUUUUUGUCGUCACUCGACCGAUAGGUUUAUCAUAUACGAGUCCAAAGGGUGAAGGAAGGAAAUUUUUUGUGGUAUCCACAUCCAACCCGCACCAACCCGCAGUGGAUAGUGGUUAACCACUACCCACUGUGGGGCGGAUUGUGGGUAGUAUAAUUCUAUAUUUUUGGAUGUGGUUACCCGCAAAAUGUGGGGCGGGUAACCACACCCACCCCAAUUUCCACCCCUAAUUAUUGGUAUUUCCCCAAAAGUAGCUAUUAUUGUCACAAACAUCAAAGUUUUGGCUAUACAGAUAAAUUUUGUCUUUUUUAUUCUUAGCUUAGAGAGAAAAUCUUUUGGCUAAGGUUAAAACAUCCAUGUAUAGAAACGUGGGCGAGGAUUGAAUGAGAAUUGUUGGGCAUGCGACUCGGAUCUCACCACACUGAAGAAGCACCCAAGGAUACUCACGCCGGAGUCAAGCGCGCGGGUAAAGACCACCCCUGGAGGCCGCGCACAAACACUAAACGACGACGCUUUGGACAGACGUGGACCCUUAUCGAGAAGUCGUAGAAGCGGCGCCGCGUCAUCCAACGGGUAGUCACCAUCAUAGUCCUAGGUAUAGUCCUGGCUAAGUCAGGAGUAGUCACAUCAGGGUCCUAAAAGCAGGGUCCUAAAAGCAUGGCCUAAAUCCCUGGCAUGUCAGUGGUCAUGUCAUUGUACCCACAUGUAACCCAACCACUCACCCACCACCAUGUAGCCUAUAAAUAUGGCAUUUACUCCGGUGGGUGAGGGGAUCAGAUUUUUCGGACUCUAUCUCUAAAAUCAUCGACUUCUCUCUCUAAGAUAUUUCUCUCUCAAUUCUCUUCGUAAUCUCCUCAGUUCUUCCAUCGACGAUUAUUCCCUCAUUGCUUACUCUCCUUGACCCAUUUUCCCGAGUCUCCCUCCUACACCCAUUCAGGCUCAAACAAUUGGCGCCCACCGUGGGGCCAAGUAGAGAAGCAAAGAAAAUCGACCUAUGGCAGAGCAUAACUCCAUCUCGCCUGACGAACCAACCCCCAUCAAAGCGGUGACCAACCCAAGGGAAUUCGCGGAAGCUAGCAAUCUCAACGCGGUGCUCCUGGAAGAGGAAGAGCCCGAGCUCACAACCAAGGAAAUGAGACAGCUGAUGGCGAAGCCGAACGACGUCAUAGCUAACAUGCAGAAACAAAUGAGCCAGGUCAUAGCGCUCAUGAUAAGCAAAGAGGCCGCGGCGACAGCAGGCGCGAUACUUGCCGCGCCCCAACAAGCCCCAGGAGAAGCGUCGGGGACUGCCCUACCACCGCACCCCGCGCACGAAACGCAACAAGUCAAGCUCACAGUAUGCGCGACACCAGUCGCGCCCCAACAAGCCCCAGGAGAAACGUCGGAGACGGUCCCACCACCGCACCCCGUGUACGAAACGCAACAAGUUGAGCCGCCAGAAAGGGCAGACCUCAGUUUUUUGGAGCAACACCUGUCUCCGCAAUACAGACUCAACCCACCCAAGAGGGCGCUCCACCAGCCGCUAAGCGCGGAAAUCAUGGCGGAACACCUGAGCGGAAUGCCACCCGCCCUCCCAACAUACAACGGGACGACUGAUCCCGAAGACCAUGUGAGCACCUUCUGCCUGCGGAUGCAGCUCCAAACCAACUCCAACGCGGCACUAUGCCGAACCUUCCCAUCAACAUUCUCCGGGAUAUGCCUAGACUGGUAUAACAGGCUCCGGAACGGGAUCAUCCGCUCAUUUGAGGAGUUCAUACUCCUAUUCACGACGAAGUUCGCAUCCCAAAAAAGAAGGCCCCUCCACCUCAAGGCGCUGGUAGACCUCAGGCAAAAGGACGGGGAAAGCCUGCGAUCAUUUUACGCCAGAUGGUCCAGGGUGGCAAUGGCAGUGCGCGACCUUACCCCCGAAACCGCCGCCCAUCACCUUUUGGAAGCCACUACCAACAUGGAACUCAAGCGGGCGCUAGCAAAAAGGCCCGUAACUCUAUCAACGGAGUUGGAAAUGAAGAUUGAGAAGGCAAUUACGCUGGAAGAAACCCUCGGAGCGGGAUCUCUUAGGCGCUUCGAGCCAGCCAAGUUGCCACGAGAGGAACAGGGACGUCGGCAGAUCACGCUGCCGCGAGAUCAGUUAGCGCAACUACACAGCGGGCAAAAGCGCCAUCCCCCUCCCCCACAAGAGCAAGCUCAGCGAGGAAGAUCGCCAUACAGGCGCGCACCCCACGCCUUUACACCGCUCAAUGACUCCGUGAAGAACGUGUUCCACGUUCUCCGCGAGAAGGGAUACAAGCUCAAUUGGCUCGCGCCUUUGAAGUCCUUGCCCCACAUGCGGGACCCAAAAAAGCAUUGCGACUUCCAUAGAGCAACGGGGCACUGGAGGGAAGAUUGCCGAGAACUGCGCUACGAAAUAGAAGGCCUCAUAUGACGAGGAUUGCUGAGCGAGUUCACACACGAAAAAGAGGAACAAGUUGGGGGGCCCCAAAACCCACCACCACCCCCACAAGCCGACUGCAACGAAGCCGCUGCAGCAUAUGUAGUGCGAAAAGAAAUAGGGGUGGUGACGGUGGAAGGAGAUCGCCCGAAAAAGAAAACCAAGCGCGAACGAGCGAUCGAAUUCGCAGCCGCGGAUGCACAAACAGGUGGCCAACUAAGCUUCGACGACACCGAAUUACCUCAAGGAAUACCGUCUGAAGACCCGCUCAUCAUCACCUCCCUAGUGGCCGCCUGCAAAAUUCACCGCCUACUGAUAGACGGAGGUGCCGCGGCAGACAUCCUCUUCCAAAGCAGUAUCGACAAAAUGGACAUCGACCCACGCUUAAUCAAGCACGCCCAAGGGA